CCCUUUCCCAUUUGACAGAGCUUUACUCUAUAGCUCAAUUUCCAUUUAUUUCCAAACCAUUUCCUUCCACUUUUUACUCUCUCUGACUGAAAUGGCGACUGUAGCCCGAAUGUCCAGAAGACUUGUGCCCCGCACCCUCACCUCCACUCUCGUGAGGCGUGCUCUCUCUGCUGAAGCAGCUCAAUUGGCCCACGACCCGGCGCCGAUCAUCAGGGAGUCGGCCGAUCGGGUGAAAUGGGACUACAGGGGCCAGAGAAAUACCAUACCUUUGGGGCAGUGGGCACCUAAGAUCGCCGUCGACGCUUAUGUGGCGCCCAACGUCGUCUUGGCCGGCCAAGUCGUGGUCUGGGACGGCGCUUCCGUCUGGAACGGCACCGUUAUGCGCGGCGACCUCAACAAGAUUUCCGUUGGCUUCUGUUCCAAUGUGCAGGAGCGCUGUGUUAUACACGCCGCUUGGUCUUCUCCCACAGGGUUACCGGCUGAAACACUAAUUGAGAGGUUUGUCACAAUUGGCGCAUACAGUCUGUUGCGCUCCUGCACAAUUGAGCCCGAAUGCAUCAUUGGGCAGCACUCAGUCCUCAUGGAAGGUUCCUUGGUGGAAACGCAUUCCAUCCUUGAGGCUGGGUCUGUGGUUCCUCCAGGAAGGAGAAUACCGAGUGGGGAGUUGUGGGCAGGCAAUCCUGCAAAGUUUGUGAGGGCUUUGACUCAUGAAGAAACACUCGAGAUCCCCAAACUUGCUGUCGCUAUAAACGACCUGAGCAGAAGCUACUGCUCUGAGUUUUUGCCAUAUUCGACUGUAUAUUUGGAAGUUGAAAAGUUGAAGAAAUCUCUAGGUAUUUCCAUCUGAAGUGUGUGAUGUGAUGAUAUGCUCUUCUUUUGACAGAAAUAAGCAACCACGAGACCGAUGCUACUGAAGUUGUCUGCUCAUUAUUUUUUAGGCCACGAGUCCUUUGAUCCUUUUCGAUGUUUGGCUUAUGCAUAAUGUUUUGUAACUUAAAAAUAACAUUUACUCUGUUGCAUAAUGAUUUAUUGGUUGCAAUUGUUGAAUGUUCCAUACAAUCA